AUGCCUGCCACCAAAGUUGCCGUGACAAAGUUGACGAUCCGCAGCGAGGGCAAGAUGGUGUCCCUCGGGUCGACCAUCGAGAUCACGACCAUGACUGUGCGCAAGCCGAUCGAGUCGCUGCCGAUGGUGGAAGAUGUGGCGGCCGCAAUCCUCCGUUGGGAGAAAGAGAACCAGAAGGGCCUGGCAAAGUUGGCCGUACUCACCCGCCUCACUCCACACGGCGCUGACGUGGCCAAGCAGAGACGUGUUCAGGGCGUGGUGACGGGCUUGAAGAGUGGCGACGACGAUAACGACCACGGGUCGCGAACAAGCAGCCCGCGAUGCUGCGUUCGUCUUGGUCCAUCUGUUCGUCCUCGGAGAAUUCACGUCGCCAUUCCUCGAUGCUGCAACGGCUGCGCUGUAUCGUUUCCCACGACCGGCAGUUCGGGUAUGGAAACCCGUGACAUGGUCCGCGAGGCGUUGGAGUCGAACUUGAUGGUAUCGUGUAAACAGAGGGUGGGCUAG